AUGGCUUCUCUGCUAUUAUCAUCAAUAGGAUGGGAUAUAUUGCAUUGUAAUGUGAAUUUAGCUGGUUCCUUCCAAAGUGCAUUGUUUUUGAAUUGUUUCAUAUUUUUUUGGGGAUGGGUGUUUCUGAUCACGACAACGCUGGUACUUAUUUUCAAAAAAGAAGUUGAUCAUUCCAUCUUAGAUAAGGAUGAUAUUGAUAAUAAGAAUGAAAAGCUAGAGCUAGGAAUCUUUCAAACUUAUGCCGUCUUGUGGAAAAUUUUGCGGUUGAAACCAGUGUUAUGGAUGGUCAUCGUAUUGUUCACUGGAAAGUUCGCAUUUGCGGCUACUGAUGGCAUCACGGGUUUAAAGUUAAUUAGUAUGGGUAUGCCGAAAGAUAAGCUAUCCAGUAUUGCACUAUUUUUGGUACCUUUGCAGAUCUUGUUACCUUGGGUAAUUGGUAAAUAUGUGGCGGGUCCGCGACCUCUGAAUAUUUUCCUCCUUGCUUAUCCCUAUAGGAUAUUCUUGAGUGGAGUAUUUGCAGCAAUGAUUUGGUGCACACCUUCAUUGUCUUCUGAGGACUUCCCAUCAUUACUUUAUGCUAUUUGGAUCAUAGCAUACUGCUUUCAUCAGAUAGCAUCCUAUAGCAUGUUCGUGUCACUUAUGGCAUUCUUUGCCCAGGUAUCAGAUCCAGCAAUUGGAGGCACGUAUAUGACUUUGCUCAACACUCUCAGUAAUUUAGGCGGUAACUGGCCCGUCACACUUAUCCUUUCGCUCACGGACCAUUUUACUUUUAAGAAUUGUGUCAUUAGAGGAACCAAAACUAUUCUUGGUUCAUGCAAUACUGAAAUGUCAGUGAAUCAAUGCGCUGCGAAAGGAAAUGUUUGCGAAUUGGCCGUGGAUGGAUAUUACGUCUCCGUUGCACUGUGUUCUGUUGUUGGAAUUAUUUGGUACAAAUUAUUGUUCAGGAAAAUUAAAUAUUUCCAGGAAAUACCGCGCCAGGAUUGGCGAAUUGUAAAACGAUAG